AGUAGCGGAAAGGGACACAUUUUGAGAGCGGGCAGUGGUUGCUACCGCGGUGCGGCUCGGGGAACUCCUCGCUGCUCACUCGGGGAGUGGCCCGUGGCGCUGGUGGACCAGGAGCAGCUAGGAGCGUCCCUUAACUCUGCUUAGCUGGGGAGAGCCCGCUGGCUGGUAGGAGCGGGAACUGCCGGAGGAGCCCCAAACUCUGCCUAGCGGGAGGGAGCCCCCUGGAGCUGGCCGGAGCAGGAAGGGGAUUUUCGGAAGUUUAAGCUCCAUUAUUCCUAUUUAAAAUGCCUAGAAAGAAGCCUGUGCCCAUUCAGCUGAACCCGACUCCAGAUAGCUCCACCAUCAACGGGACCAGCACUGCAGAGUUUUUCUUUGGAGGGAGCAGUCAGCUGACAAAUUUAGAGGCGCUGCAGAAGAAGCUGGAAGAGUUAGAAUUGGAUGAGCAGCAACGUAAACGUCUUGAAGCUUUCCUUACUCAGAAGCAAAAAGUUGGGGAACUGAAGGAUGACGACUUUGAGAAAAUCAGUGAACUGGGAGCAGGAAACGGCGGCGUGGUCUUCAAAGUAUCACACAAACCUUCUGGCCUCAUUAUGGCAAGAAAGUUAAUUCACUUAGAGAUCAAGCCAGCUAUUCGAAACCAGAUCAUUCGUGAGCUGCAAGUUCUACAUGAAUGUAACUCUCCAUACAUAGUGGGCUUUUACGGAGCUUUUUACAGUGAUGGGGAGAUCAGCAUUUGCAUGGAACACAUGGAUGGCGGGUCCUUGGAUCAAGUACUGAAAAAAGCUGGAAGAAUUCCAGAGCAGAUUUUGGGGAAAGUUAGCAUUGCUGUAAUAAAAGGUCUCACAUAUUUGAGAGAAAAACAUAAGAUAAUGCAUAGAGAUGUUAAACCAUCCAACAUUUUGGUAAACUCUAGAGGUGAAAUCAAGCUUUGUGAUUUUGGUGUCAGUGGACAACUGAUAGACUCAAUGGCAAACUCGUUCGUUGGGACGCGGUCGUACAUGUCUCCGGAAAGACUCCAAGGUACUCAUUAUUCAGUGCAGUCAGACAUCUGGAGUAUGGGAUUGUCACUGGUAGAAAUGGCCAUUGGCAGAUACCCAAUUCCCCCUCCUGAUUCCAAGGAGCUGGAGCUGAUGUUUGGCUGCCCUGUGGAGGGAGACUCUCCAGUUUCUGAGACUUCACCCAGGCAAAGAACACCUGGCCGACCAAUGAGCUCCUAUGGACCAGACAGCAGGCCUCCAAUGGCAAUCUUUGAACUUCUGGACUACAUCGUCAAUGAGCCUCCGCCAAAAUUGCCCAGUGGUGUUUUCAGUCCUGAAUUUCAAGAUUUUGUGAACAAAUGCUUAAUAAAAAAUCCAGCAGAGAGAGCAGAUUUGAAGCAACUCAUGAUUCAUGUUUUCAUUAAGAGAUCUGAAGCUGAGGAAGUGGAUUUUGCAGGAUGGCUUUGUUCGACUAUAGGUCUCAACCAGCCUAGUACACCCACGCAUGCUGCUGGAAUUUGAAUAUUGACAGCAAAUCUUGUACUGUACAUCUGUUAAAACAAUGCUAUUUUGGUCUCAUUUCUCAAGCUUAUAUCUGUUAAAAUACGUAUUUCACCUCUUAAGGAAGGAAGUCUGUUCUAGCAUGUGCCAAAUCCUGUUUGUUUUAAAUUUGUCCUAAAUUAAUUGGUGUAUUGGAUUACUUUUACUGACCAAAAUGUUUGAGAUGUUGAAAUUAUAGUGCUUGCUGAUUAAGUGAACUUGGAUAUUUUUUGUGAUGGAAAUCUCACUGGGAGUACUUAGUCCCAGAUUGUUUGAGCUCUAUCAGGAUUCCUUGUAAGUUGGUGGUACUGUACUUCAAUCAUGCUUAUCUAGUCUCCCAUACAAGGUUGGUUGUUAGAGAUCCUCCUAAACAAUAUUUGUCAAGCAUGCUUUCGCUGUUAUCAAAAUGUGCAUCUCAAAGUUAGUCAUAAUGGUUCUGAUCUUACUUUUGUGUAGAGAACUCUUCCCAGUUAAAAGGGCAAGAGUCCUGUAUUGCCAUGAAACACAAGGUAUCAUGACUACUUUUAGACUUGUUUAUAUUUCUAUAUUUAUUUUUAAAUGUACUGUUAUACUUGGGAUUGUUUAGUAGUAUGUCUCCUUUAAUUGGUAUUUUUUUAAAAGUAGCUUUUUUUGAAUGUCCUAUAGACACAAGAGCUAAAAGUGCAUCAGACUUGCUUCCUUUUAACCCAACUAAAGAAGACUUAUGAAAACUGUGUGUAUAGUGUCUAAAAUGUAUGAAAAUCCUUUGAAUUACAUAUUCUUUCAGAUGGUUAGCAGUUUAAUCUCUUAUACUAAUAAAUAUAUUAUCAAGUAACUUUA